CAUCCAGAAAACGAACAAAGUAAGUUGCCCUGGGCGUAUGCCUGUCUGAAAGUCAGCUAGACCCGGCCCUGGAAGGUGGGGGUCUCCUAAACCCAGGAGAGGGAACUUCGCACUUUACACUCUGGCGCCCCUAGAGGCGGUCCAUGGAAAUCUGACGCCUGAGGCCUCAGUUGUAAGGACUGAGUAAGCAACAGGGCCUAAGGAACAGACGAUGAGGUCAGUGCGGACCUUAGCCUCCCAAGGACGCUCGCUCCCCGUCCUAGUUCUGGCGGUGCUCCUUAUUGACUCUCUAGGGGAGGAAUUAAUUUUUCACCCUGAUUGGGGGUUUGACUCGUAUGAAGUCACCAUUCCCAAAAGACUGAGCUUCCGUGGAGGGGAGCAGGGUGUGGCUAGUCCCGUGUCCUACCUCUUACAGUUAAAAGGCAAGAAGCACGUCCUCCACCUGUGGCCCAAGAGGUUGUUGUUGCCCCGACACCUACACGUUUUCUCCUUCACAAAAGAGGGAAAUCUGCUGGAGGACCACCCUUAUAUACCCAAGGACUGCAACUACAUGGGCUUGGUCGAAGGGUCUCAGGGCUCUCAAGCCACCUUUAGUUCCUGCAUGGGGGGUCUCCGAGGCAUAUUGAAUAUCGAUGCCAAACAUUACCAAAUUGAGCCCCUCAAGACCUCUUUCAGUUUUGAACAUGUUGUAUAUCUCCUGAAGAAAGAGCAUCUUAGCAACCAGACCUGUGGCUUACCUGAUGAUGAAAUAGAACAACAGAUAGCCCAGCAUGAGAAUAUGGCUAGGCUAAGGGACUUCCACAUAUCCUAUAUGCACCCUAAGUAUAUGGAAUUGGCUCUGGUCUUUGAUCACAGUAGAUACUUGUAUGUAAAAUCCAAUCUUACACAAGUCAUAAGUGAUGCCAUUCUUCUAUCAGGGAUUAUGGACACUUACUUUAAGGAAAUCAAUAUGAGAAUACAUCUAAAAGCUGUUGAAAUAUGGACAGAUGAAGACAAAAUUACUAUUGAUGUAACCAAUUUAGUUCACGUUCUUAACCAAUUUAUUGUAUACAAAAGAAAUAUCUUAAAUGAUCGGAUUCCAUCAGAUUGGUCACAUUUAUACGUUAGAAGAAAUUUUCCUGAUGCUCUCGGAUGGGCUCCUGUUGGAAAAAUGUGCAGUGAACUGUAUGGUGGAUCAACAAGCGUUUUCCCAGAUCUAAAUGUCCUUGCACCUGGCACUUGGUCUACUCAUGAACUGGGCCAUGGUUUGGGAAUGAAGCAUGAUGAACUACAUUGUCAGUGUAAGGGUGAGCACAGUUGCAUAAUGGGCAGUGGACGCACUGGCUGGAGUAACUGUAGUUUUGUGAAUUAUUUUAAGUUCGCGUAUUCAGAAGCAUCUUGCCUAAAUAAUAUCCCUGGAAUAAGUUAUCUGGUAAGGAGUUGUGGAAAUAAAAUUGUGGAAGAGAAUGAGGAAUGUGAUUGUGGUUCCAGAGAGGACUGUCUGAAAGACCGCUGUUGCCAAUCAAACUGUAGGUUGAAACGUGGUGCCAACUGCAGCAUUGGACUUUGCUGUCAUGAGUGUCGCUUUCGUCCGUCUGGAUAUAUGUGCAGGCAGGAAGAAAAUGAAUGUGAUCUUGCAGAGUACUGCAAUGGGAAUUCAAGUAACUGCCCAAAGGACACUUAUAAGCAGGAUGGAACGCCAUGCAAAUAUAAAGCCCGUUGUUUCAGGAAGGGAUGCAGAUCUAGAUUUAUGCAGUGCCAAAGCAUUUUUGGACCUGAUGCCAAGCAGGCUCCUAAUCAGUGCUAUGAUGCAGUUAAUUUAAUAGGUGAUCAAUAUGGUAACUGUGAAAUUAUAGGACUUCAUAACUUUAAAAAAUGUACCAGGGAGAAUUCAGUAUGUGGUAGGCUGCAGUGCAUAAAUGUCAAAACCAUCCCUGAUUUGCCAGACCAUACUCUUUUGAUUUCUACUCAUCUGCAGGCAGAAAAUCUCAGGUGCUGGGGCACAGGCUACCAUUUAGCCAUGGUACCCCUGGGGAUCCCUGACAUGGGUAUGAUAAAUGACGGCACCUCCUGUGGUAAGAACCGGGUAUGUUUUAACAGAAGUUGCGUCAAUGUGUCAGUCCUGGAGUUUGACUGUUUACCUGAGAAGUGCAAUGGCAGAGGCGUUUGCAACAAUAGAAAAAACUGCCACUGCAUGUAUGGCUGGGCCCCUCCAUUCUGUGAAGAGGUGGGGUAUGGAGGAAGCGUUGACAGUGGGCCUCCAGGACCGCUGAAAGUGCAGUUGCCCUCCUCAGUUCAGGUUGUAUCCAUUAUGGUAAUGCGUCUUAUUUUCUUAAUCAUCUCAGUGAUUGUUGUGUCUUUCAAGGAUUUGAUAGGAAUGAUAAAACCCAAAAAAGACUCCCCCCCAAUUAAUGCUGAACAAUUCAAAGCAAAGAAUAUCAGGAAACCAAAAAAGUAACCAGGCAAUCCACAGUAACUCAAGAAGACAGGCUCUUUCAUUUAAGGAGCUUAUCAUUUAUCCAAAUGACUCUUCAUUCUUCUCUCACUUAAAUUGUUUUUUUACGUAAAAUUUCCCACACACUUUGAUCAGCAAAUAAAUGAUA